AUGGCGGCGCAUUGGAAGUUGAGAGCUUGCAUGCUCCUGGGCGCGGCGCAGGCAGCCGCCGGGCUAGGACCACAGCACCGCCUCAUGAACCGUGAAGCAUGGGACGCGAUUCAUUCGACGCCCCAACUCCAGGUCGAGUCCGUUUCAACCUUCUCCAAGUACCCCGAGUACAACUUAUCUGUGCCCAUUGACCAUUUCCACAACGAUUCUCGUUACGAACCGCACUCUGACGAAUACUUCAACCUUCGUUACUGGUUCGAUGCGAAGCACUACCGCCCAGGAGGCCCCGUCAUCAUCUUGGCUGCCGGCGAGACGGAUGGCAAAGACCGUCUGCCCUUCCUCGAUCAUGGCAUCCUCUCCAUUCUCGCCAAGGCCACUGGCGGCGUCGGCGUCGUUCUCGAGCAUCGCUACUAUGGCAAGAGCUUCCCUGUCCCCGACCUCAGCACCGAGAACCUCCGCUUCUUGAGUACUGAUCAGGCCCUUGCGGACACCGUCUAUUUCGCGAAGCACAUCAGCUUCCCAGGACAUGAGGACCUAAACCUGACCGCUCCGGGAACCCCUUACCUUGUCUACGGAGGCUCUUACGCAGGUGCCUUUGCCGCUUUCCUGCGAAAGCUCUACCCUGAUGUCUUUUGGGGCGGCAUCUCUUCCUCCGGCGUCACGGCUGCCAUUAUCGACUAUUGGGAGUACUACGAGGGUGCCAGACUCUUUGCACCUGGAGACUGUGCCGAGACAACCCAAAACCUUACCCAGGUUGUGGACAACGUUCUGCUUGCCAAGUCUGAGCAAGUGAAGCCUAGCCACGUGAGCCAACUGAAGGAGCUCUUUGGGCUUGGUCCGCUUCAAGACGAUGAUUUCGCUAGCACUAUCUCCUAUGGCAUAUCUGGCCUGCAAUCAACGAACUGGGACCCCGCCUCGGACUCGACUAGCUUCGGAACCUACUGCGCCACCGUCAGCUCGGACAGCGUCCUGUUCGGCAGCACACGCCAUCUCAGACCUGCUGUCGAGGAGUUGCUUUUCGUUAGCGGCGCCGAUGUGAAGCUGACAAAUCGCUUGCUGAACUACGCUGGCUACGUGAGGAACUACGUUAAGAAAGGUUGUAGGGGCGGAGAUCUGGUAAAGUGCUUUUCAAGCCGCAAAAGAGAGGGCUACCAAAACAUCAGCGUUCACCAAGGUUAUGAGCGCAGUUGGUUUUAUCAAGUGUGCACUGAAUGGGGCUACUUCCAGACUGGUUCCGGAGUGCCCGAAGACCAGCUCCCGCUUGUUUCCCGUGUCAUCGACGUUGAGUACAGCUCCAUUUACUGCCGGGAGGCUUUUAACAUCACCAAGCCCCCUAACGUAGAUGCCAUCAACAAACAUGGCGGGUUCAACUUCAGCUAUCCGCGCGUUGCCAUCGUUGACGGUGAGGCAGACCCGUGGAGACCCGCCACGCCCCAUAAAAUUGGUCUGGACCGGAAGUCAACGACUAGCGAACCCUUUCUCCUCAUCGAGCUAGGAGUUCACCACUGGGACGAAAACGGUGUGAAGCCCGAGAAUGUCACUCCGGACUUUCCGCCCGCCUCCAUCAAGAAAGUCCAAGCUCAGGAAGUUGAAUUUGUCACUGCCUGGAUGAAGGAGUGGAGAGAUGCUCAGAGCCAAAGCAACCGCCAAGAAGAACCAGUGUUCGAAGAGCUUUAG